GAGCACAAGUGGGUCAACAGCAAAGGACUUUACCGACAGUUUUACGCAUUGUUUUACCACUUGGCCGCCCUCAUGUAGGGCUUCCGUGCUAAUUAUGUCGAAAAACAGUAGAUCGGGGCCAAAAACGGAAAGCGCUGUUGUAGAAGUGAAGAGUAAGUUUGAUGCAGAGUUUCGUCGAUUCUCUGUUAACAAUGAUGCGAAAUCAAAAUUCUCUGACUUCUCCGUCCUUUUGGAGAACUUGCACAAGCUGCACGACAUUCCAUUUGUGAUUAACUACACGGACCCCGUCCAUGGCGACCUACUUCCAAUAAACAAUGAUGACAACUACCACAAGGCACUGACCACAGCAAAGCCCUUGUUGAGGGUGCAGCUUCAGCGUAAAGGUGAGAGCUAUGGUGAAGUGAUGGGGUACGGAUCGCUGCCAUACAAGAAGCGCAAUCCGAUCAGCAAGCUAAUCAGCAGCGAGCCGCCCGUGAAGCCUCGCAUCCACAUCAGCAUGCCCGAGGACUUCCGGCGUGUGUCGGCAAUCAUUGACGUGGACGUCGUCCCAGAAACGCAGCGACGGGUCAAACUCAUGAAGAACGGCUCUGACAAACCACUUGGCUUUUACAUUCGCGACGGAACCAGCGUCUGUCCCACGCCACACGGUCUUGAAAAAAUUCCCGGAAUAUUUAUAUCCCGUCUUGUUCCCGGCGGAUUAGCAGAAAGCACGGGCCUGCUAGCUGUCAACGACGAGGUUCUAGAAGUGAACGGAAUCGAGGUCGCGGGGAAAACCCUCGACCAGGUGACCGACAUGAUGGUAGCAAACAGUGCCAACCUGAUCAUCACCGUGAAACCCGUCAAUCAAAAACUAACGCUGAAACCCGAGCGAGACUCGAUUGGUCGGCAGUCACAGAUGUCGUCGGCAUCGAACAUUUCGUAUCGGUCUUCCAAGUCGUUCGACAGCGACACGGUAGUUGAGCAUGAUGAUGAAGACGAGGUACAUGACCACCUUUCUAAGCCGGAAACGGACAAAAUGGACAAAACAGACAAAGAUGGUUCUGUGGUGACGUUAUAACGAUGUUUUAUUAUAUAUAUAUAUAUCUGUUUUUUCAUUUCAGUUUUAGAAUUAUGUCAAAUUCUUCAUCAUGUGUAUAUUUGGAUCAGGUUUUUUAAAAAUUGCCCUGUGGUUUUAACUGUACAUUUUUCUUCAUGUAGAGAAUAUUAUUUAGCAUCGUGUUACCUCUGUGAAACAGUGAGGUGAUGAUAUUUUUAGUUGUCUUGUCUGCUUAUGUACGACUAUGUCAAGACGAUAUAUAUGGAGAGUUUAUUUGCAAAAUGUGAUAUACACCAAUUUCCAAAUUUGGAGUUGGCUGUGCAGGUGUAUUAUACUGAUCAGUGUUAGUAGAACUGAAACCAUACAACAACAGGUUCCAUUAAAACGUGAUCUGUGGUCAUUAAACUGAAUCUUAAAAUGAUCCAUGUGGCAGUAAAAUCGUGUUUUCUUAAAACGAUGUAAAUAGAGGAUUUGUCAUGAGUGUUUUUUAAUAUGUAAAAUAUGAACUGAGUCUAUCAUAUAUGUUAACCAGUAUUUGUUGAGGUUCUGCCCAGACAAAUACCAAUUAACUAGAUGAGUUCAAUAUUUUAAAAAACACGAGUAGUGAAUUCCAUUUAUCCUAUAACAUUUUUAAAAUAAAGUUGAAAGUGAUAUUUAGUUAGUAAAUCGCCUCACCGUCAUCGAGAUUAGCACAAAUAUAGUUUGAAACUAAUUUCAUCAAAGUGUUACGCUCAGGUAUGCAAGUCUUGUUGGCUGUAAACAUUGACCCAUUGACAACGAAACAUUAUUAAUCGAGUUAAUAAUGAUAAAUAUCAAAUGGUAUGAUGACAUGGAUAUUGGCUAAGUUAUAGGAUAAAUGGAUAUAUACCACAUUUUAGAAAUGAACUUUUCAUAUUUUAUGCUGAUGAAAAUUUGUGCUACUUGUAAACAUUGAUGUCUCCACCAUGGCAUCAACAACUGACCUAGGUCAACCCGAAAUAUUUUGUGAAUUUACAUAACUACAUUGAGAUGGGGUUACGAACACAAGAUGAAUUUCACGACAGGCUAUGUGCAUUUUGUUUUUUUCAAAGAUAAAAGUACAGAAUUCACAAAAUACAUGUAUUAAACCAUGAAUUUCUUGGUAGAUUCAACAUGAAUGUUAUUAUAUGCAUGGCAAGAUAUUUGGUAAAUACAUGUAUGCUGUGUGUAAAUGAUAAUUUCAUGAAUUUCAUGAAACACUUCAUGAAACACUUUUAAAACAGAAACUUGUAUGAAAGGCUAAGCAUGUAAUGCAUUUCAACACACAUUUCUGUAAAUGUAAUAUGUGAAGAUUCAAAAUAUUUAUAUUAAUACAUGUGGUAUAUUUGGCACACCUGUAUUUACACGUAGUACUGUAGCAUAGACUUAGUUUUAUAACCAUGGGCCUUGCAUGGGUAAGUGAAAAUGUAUUCACACGGUCAUGGACAAGGCCCUGCUUACAGUGUAAUUAACACAUUGACACAAGGGCAGGUAUACGGGCUUAUAUCUCUAGUCAGUUAGUUUUUUUAAUUUUAAAUUUCUUAGCAGUUAUUUUUUUUAGUAUUUUAUUUUUUAUUCAAAGGUUUAAUUAUGUGAGUGAAGCAAUACAGAUUUUAUGUAUGAUAUAGUUAAAUUAAAUAAUACGGUUUUUAUAUUUGGUAAAGCUGAAUAACAUUAUAUAUUUGUAGAUUUUGGUAUAGUUAAAUAAAUUAAUGUAGAAUGGUUCUUACUGGAAUGUUAACAGUUUAUUAUCUAAUAGAAUGAACUGUGUUAUGGUUGUUACAUAAUCAGUUUUGUUCUGAAUGAAUGAUGGAAGAAUAACUUUUUAAUUUUAUCAUGUGUACAGGUAUGUGUAUUGGAUUUUAGCAGAAUAGAUUAUUUUAUUGAAUGAAGACAUUUCCUUCUUUUAAAUCCCCAUUUUUUUUCAUUUUGACAUCAGCCAUGAAACAAACUUUUUUCUCCCUCAUUUUGAAUUAUUUUAUUAUUUUACAAUAAGAUCAUUUUGAAAUAUUUUAUUAUUUUAUUUGUCAUUUUAAAAAAUUAAAUUUGUUACAGUAUGUAAUAUGUAUGUAUUUAAUAUGUAUCUAAAUGGACUAAGCCAAUGAAGUAAUAGUAUGCACAUUUCAGUUGAUCAAUAUGGAAUAUCAUUAAAACAUUGUAUUACACAUUCCCUAAUAGUUGGAUGUUAUUUGGGGAAUUAUAAAUGAGAUUACUUUUAAGUAUAAAUUUUCUGUCCUUUAUUUGUAAAGAUAUAUUUUACACCUAAAAGGUUGUUGAUAAUCUUUUUGCAAAGAGGAAGAGGGGGAUAUAUAACAUACCUAUAUCUUUGACAAUAGGCUGAGUGUUUUCUAACAUUAAUAAUUUUAAAUACUGUACUGACACAUCAGUAUGGUCCACUUUUUAUUAAAAAAAAAUUAUCCAUAAAUGGCUGUAAAUUUGAGGACCAAGGUAUGCAAGAUCGAUGACACAUACUCCAUAUUUGUUGAAUGAAUGAAUGAAUGUUUAACGACACCCCAGCACGACCAUAUUUGUUGAAUGAAUGAAUGAAUGUUUAACGACACCUCAGCACGACCAUAUUUGUUGAAUGCACAAGCUUAAAAAUUUAAUGUUGUCAUGCAUUAUAGUUGCAUUAAAUGAUUACAAAUGAAAAUUCA